AUGCGUGUGGAGACCUGCCAUUUCUGCUCUCGCCCCGCCUUCCCAGGAAAGGGCAUCACAUUCGUCCGCAAUGACGCCCGACAAUUUCGUUUCUGUCGGUCAAAGUGCCACAAGAACUUCAAGAUGAAGCGUCAGCCCCGCAAGCUGAAGUGGACAAAGAGCCACCGCGCCGCCCGCGGAAAGGAGAUGAUCGUCGACUCUUCUCUGGUCCUCUCCCAGUUCGCCAAGAAGCGCAACGUCCCCGUCAAGUACGACCGCAACCUCGUUGCCGCCACCGUCCAGGCCAUGCAGCGCGUGGAGGAGAUCAGACAGCGUCGCGAGCGUGUGUUCACCAAGCGUCGUCUGGCCGGCAAGGUUGCCCGCGAUCGCCAGCGCGAGGCGGACCGGAAGGUCGUCGCUACGGGCGAGCACCUUAUUCGGAAGGAGCUGCGGGAUCGCGAGGAGGGUGUGCCCAUGGUUGCGGAGAGCAGCAAGACUGCCAACCGGGUUCACGGAGAGGAUCUCAUUGCUGCUCGGAAACAGAAGAAGACCCGUCUUUUGGUGGAUGGUGGUGCCGAGGAGGAGAUGCAGUUGGAUUAA